CUUGCAGCAGACCGCCCAGGAUAGUCGCACAGACAUAGAGCUCCAUAACGCCUUCUGUGUGCGGAUCACAUUGCUAACGGGUUUAUUUCAACGCUUAUACAUCAAUGGACUAUCCCACAGCAUUCUGCUCUCGACAUUUGUUUUAGUCCAUCUUUCUGUGGAGAUAAAGCAAGCGCGAGCACGGAAAAAAAACGGGCGGUAAUGGGAGGAAACGGCGUGUUUUCAUUAGAUAAAAUUUCCGAAGAAUAAUACAUCAGUCUGUCGUGCACAUUUUAGGAGCACACGUAUCAUUCUUAAUGCACUGGAUGUAGACUUUCGGAGCACACGGGAGUUUCGUGCAUGCGCGGCGCAUAAACAGCGGAAACCAACAGUUUUCACAAACACUUGGACCGUAUUUCAGCGUCUCAUCGGGGCUACACUUGGUUUGAUCUUUGGGUAUAUUUGUGCAGCUCGUGUCUCAUGGUGUGAUAUGCACUGUCAAACGCACACAGAUAUGGAGAAGUAACCUAUGAUGCUGCAGUUUUGGGGUUUAUAGGAUGAGAUGAGCGUUAUGCCAUUCACUCUGCGGAGCUAAACUUGACUUUCACACUGUUUGGUCACGAGCAUAUGUGAGAAAGUGUGUGUAUCAUUGUCAUUUUCAGAACGCAGCGUGUUUGCAUGCACAGUGACGCUUGCCUUUUAACAUAAGGCGAUUUAAUAUUAUGCAUCUUGGCUUUGCAUAACAUUAUAGGCUAUUUAAAUGCUGCUUUAACUUUUAAGAGCAUUUAAUCCCAAAUAAUUGUACUUUAAUCACUUAGAGGUGCACCAACAUUUCCAGAAAGCAGCGUGUGUAUGUGCCUGUUAAUUUAAGGCAAUAAGGCGUUUAAUAUGUAUUAAUAUCAUGCAUAUUAUAUGUGCAUGGCAUUAGACUUGUAUUGAAAUCUAUAUGGUUUCAAUAUAGUCUCCUAGGUGAGAAGUUACAUGACUGAAACUCAAGGAAGCUGGUUUUGUGACCGCACGCUGAUGCGCAAUGACGCUCUGGCUGUGCGCAAAUUUGUUGACGCAACCUGUGGCCUCUUAAACCGAUAGAUUCGGAAGGGUUUAGUCAGUUUGAGCAAGAGAGAGUUGAGGUUGCACAACAGCCUGUUUGCUUGUGCUUUCUAACCACCAGACAAGGGAAGUUUCCGUUGGAUACAGUGCAUAACCACAGAAUAACCGUGCGUAAGGCGUAUUGUAGAACGUUUAAAUGGUGUUUCGCAAGUUACCCGGUGUCUCCGCAUCGGGCAUGGGGCUUCGUCUGUCUCAGAAAUUCGUGUUUCUUUUAUUCUUGUCGGGUUUGGUAACCCUGUGCUUCGGGGCGCUCUUCUUUUUACCCGAUAGCGUGCGCUUGAAGCGCAUCUUUCUCUCCAAGAGCGACAGUCCAGCGGUGACCGUCGGCUCCGACAAUGACGCCCGGACGCUCUCCAAAAAGGUGUCCGGUGACCAAGAGCACCAGCGGGUGAGUUUCAAGGGGGGUGACGCGAAUGUUAAGCUGAAAUUGAGCCGCAAGCCUUCGGUCACCCAUGAAGCAAGAACAGUGGAGAGAUCUGUUGGGAGUAGGACGCAGGAGUGGAGUCCGGCGAUGGCGCACGAACCGGCGGUCGGGAACGAGCGUGUCACCACGGCCGCUCAUAACGGGGAACACAGAAGUGGAUUCAGCUAUGAAAGGUUUAAAAAGUGUCUCAUUAAACCACCUUUGGGGAAGGGCCAAGGAAAGCCAUCGGAUCCCCAGACGCUUCAGAGAAGAGAGAAGGUCAAAGAGAUGAUGAAGUUUGCCUGGGACAACUAUAAGCAGUAUGCCUGGGGCAAGAAUGAACUUCGACCCCUGACCAAGAAUGGACAUAUUGGAAAUAUGUUCGGUGGCCUCAAGGGGGCUUCCAUCGUGGAUUCUCUCGACACUCUGUACAUCAUGGGUCUAAUGGACGAGUAUGAAGAGGCAAAAGAAUGGGUUCAAAACAACCUUGACCUGAACUCGAAUGGAGAGGCGUCACUGUUUGAGGUGAACAUCCGUUACGUUGGCGGUCUGCUCUCUGCAUUCUACUUGACUGGAGCUGAGAUAUUUAAACAAAAGGUGUUAGAGUUGGGCGAGAAGCUGUUACCCGCCUUCAACACGCCCACCGGCAUUCCCAGAGGAGUCAUUAACCUGGGCAGCAGUGGCACCAGCUGGAGUUGGGGCUGGGCAUCGGCCGGGAGCAGCAUCCUGGCGGAGUUCGGAACGCUGCACCUGGAGUUCGUUCACCUGUCAGAACUCUCCAGAAACACCGUGUUCACUGAGAAGGUUAUGAACAUUCGAAAGCUGUUGAAUAAAAUCGAGAAGCCUCACGGUCUGUAUCCAAACUUCUUGAGUCCUGUCAGUGGAAACUGGGUACAACAUCACGUGUCUAUCGGCGGUCUCGGGGACAGUUUCUAUGAGUACCUGAUCAAAUCUUACCUGAUGUCAGACAAGACCGAUGAGGAGGCAAAGAGGAUGUACUACAGCGCUAUGGAGGCCAUUGAGACAAACCUGGUCCAGAAGUCUCCUGGUGGAUUGACGUACGUGGCAGAGUGGAGGGGAGGCAUUCUGGAUCAUAAGAUGGGGCACCUGGCGUGUUUCUCGGGUGGUAUGAUCGGCAUCGGUGCUGAUGAUGGACCUCCAGAGAAGCGACAGCACUACCUGGAUCUGGCAGCUGAAAUCACUCACACCUGCCACGAAUCCUACAGCCGCUCAGCCACUAAACUUGGUCCGGAGGCGUUUCGUUUUGAUGGAGGAGCUGAGGCCACCGCCACCCGCCUGAGUGACCGCUACUACAUCCUGAGGCCAGAGGUCAUCGAGAGCUACAUGUACAUGUGGCGUUUGACCCAUGACCCCAAGUACAGGCAAUGGGGCUGGGAGGCUGUGGAGGCGUUAGAGAAGCAUUGUCGUGUAGACGCUGGUUUCUCUGGAAUUCGUGAUGUGUACUCCUCAACGGUCAGCCAUGACAACAUGCAGCAGAGCUUCUUCCUGUCUGAGACCCUCAAAUACCUGUACCUGCUGUUCUCUGAGGACGACCUGUUGCCGCUUGACGACUGGGUGUUUAACACAGAGGCGCACCCACUGCCAAUCGUACGAAAGAAUUGUCUACGGGAGCAAAGCAGCACACUGGACAACGGACAGACGCCUCUCGAGUAGAACUGACCAUUCCAUGUACAGAACACACACACACACACACACACACACACACCUGAAACACUGAUUCAAAAUGCAGGGCCACGACCUCAAGGGCCCUGACAUGAAUUCUCAGCUCCUUUCCUGAAAAGGAUCUUGUCAAAUAUAUACGCUGUGAUUGUAUAUCUCUUGUAUAUCUGGACAAUCAAAGUAAAACGUGACUUUCAUAAGAAGAGCACCUUUUUUCCUUUGCUUCUUUCCUCUGUGAGGAAACAGAAUAACUUGCAGCCCCAAAUCUGUGGGAAGCGUGCAGUAUGUAAAGAGAAAACCACUUUUCUUCACCCCUCGCCUGUAAUUUCUUUUCUUUCAGCCUUUCAUUGUGCAUUCCUCUCCCAACUCUUCUGCUAAAGCGUUUGCGCUCUCCAUUUGAUUUUCUCUCUGAACACCAUGAUACUUUUCUCUGUCUAGUUUUAUGUCCAAUUAUGUGGUAUAAUCUUUUUUUUAUGAGGAGGUAAAGCAAGGACCAAGGUAUUUCCAUACUAUCCUUUGAUAAAUUUAAGGAUAAAAGUUCAAAUCUAUUGUACAAAACUAGAUUUACAUUUCUUGAAGGAAACAGUUGUGCUUGCAAGGCAGCAGAAGUCCAAUUCCAGGUUUUCAGAAACCAUGGAAGCAAUUCCAAGAGACAAUUGCAGACUAACUUUCUUGGCAAAGCAAUGCUUUAUUCAAAUUGAUAGUAUGAAAGACAAAAGAUCAUGUCACGUCCCAAAGCCUCAGAGUCGAAGAAUCGACUCUCCGUAAACAAGUCUUAUUACCAAACACUUUUGUUUCUCAAAUAAACAUAUUUUGGAGACUCUUUAUUUUAGUGUCCUUGUUACAUUGUAAUUACACAUGUAAGUACUGAGUAAUAUUACUUAACAACAUGUACUUACUAUAGGUUUAGGUUUAGGGUUUGGUUUAGGGUUAUUUACUUCUAAUUAUGCAUCAUUUACUGUUAUUACUAUAGUCAUUACACAUUGUAUGUAUAACAGGGACACUGUAAAAUAGAUGAUACCCAUAUUUUGUUUUAGGGAUGUUUAGAUAUAUUUACUGGAAUACAAGACAAAAUUCUGAUUAAGAAAAUGAUUUAUGCUGUAAAGGCAGCUAUAAUUGGUUAAAUAUAUGCAAGAAAGUCUAGAAAUCACAACUAAUUAUGCAAAAAGAUGCAAGAGAGUAGACCAAUCGAAAUUCGGUAUGCAAAUAUGACAAUGAUGUCAUCACUAGCUUGGUUUCCAUCCACAUAUUUUUAUGCAAAUUUUGGAAUAUUGCGGGAUAAAAUGCACCAAGAUUUGAAAAAUUCUCCAAAGUUCACAUAAGAAAACGUAGCGUAUAAGCUCAACUGAGGGGGAUACAUUUCAUUUCUAUUUUGCGCAAAUUUCCGCAGCAUCUCUAUUUUGUUCUCUUAAACACAUGGGAUGCAAACGCUGCUUUAUUCACAAACUGCAUUUGCGAUAAUAGCUUGGAUGGAAACAUGAUUUUAAAACUUUAAUCUUAAAUUCCUUAAAAAAGCAUAAAGUAAAAAAAAUAAAAAAUAAAAAAAUAAAAAAAAGCACACCUAAAGCAUAAAUUAUGUACAAAACCAAGUCUGUACGUACAUUCCGUUAUUAAUUGCGUGAGUUUGAUACUUUGGAACAAACGCCUAACCAGAAUGUGUGAGGAAUAUCAAUGUAGUGCUGCCUUGCAAGAGUUGUAAUCAUUUUAAAUAUUGUUAAUAAGUUGAAUGAUAUCAUAAACAGGGUGGAAAGCAAGUUGAUUGUUUUAAUGUGAUUCUAGUGCCCAUCUUCAUAAACUCUUUAUUUUAAACACGACACGUUUCAAAGACCAGCAUCACAAAAGAGUUAAAACACACUUUCACAGAGUCUGACACUAUGUGACCACAAGGGCUGGGUGAUGUAUUGACCAUAUAUUAACAAUGAUUUUGCUGGCGAUAUAAAAUGAAGCAACAUUGUGAAUGUCGCGAUGAUUUUUAUAUGCUUUUUUGAGCCAUUAUGUUUCCUAAAAAGCUUGUCAUUAGGCUAGUACUGCGAUUCUUCCUUGUCGCACAAGUUUGCGAGCAUUAAGAUUGAAAUGUUUCAAUAGCACCUCUGAUUUACAGUGGCAAGAAAAAGUAUGUGAACCCUUUGGAAUUAGCUGUUUUCUGCAUUAAUUGGUCAUAAAAUGUGGUCUCAUCUUCAUCAAAGUUACAAGUAUAGACAAACACAAUGUGCUUAAGCUAACAACACACAAACGAUUAUAAUCUUUCAUGUCUUUAUUGAACACAUCCCGUUAAACAUUCACAGUGCUGCGGAAAAAGUAAGUGAACCCGCUGAUUUAAUAACUGGUCGAUCCUACUUUGGCAGCAAUAACCUCAACCAAGAGUUUCCGGUAGCCGCGGAUUACACCUACUGUACAUCACUUCCUUACAGAACUGCUUCAGUUCAGCCAUAUUCUUAGGAUGUCUGGUGUGAACGGCUCUCUUGAGGUUAUUCCACAGCAUAUCUUUUUUUCCCUCGAUGAUGGCAAGCGGUCCCGGCCCCGAAGCAGCAAAGCAGCCCCAAAUCAUGAUGCUCCCUCCACAGUACUUCACCGUUGGGAUGAUGUUUUCAUGUUGGUAUGCGGUGCCCUUUUUACACCAUACGUAGUGCUGUGUGUUCUUCCCAAACAAUUCAACCAAAGUUUCAUCAGUCCACAAAACAUUUUCCCAGUAGCGUUAGGGAGUGUCAAGAUGGUCUUUGGCAAACUUCAUGCAUGCACAAUAUUUUUGUUGGAAAGCAGCGGCUUCCUUCAUGUUGUCCUGCCAUGAACACCAUACCUGUUUAAUGUUUUCCAUAUAGUAGACUCAUGAACAGAGAUGUUAACCAGUUCCAAUGAUUCCUUCAAGCCUUUAUCUGUCACUCUAGGGAUCUUUUUUUACCUCAUUGAGCAUUCUGCGGUGUGCCCUUUGAGUCAUCUUGACUGGACGGCCACUUCUAGUGAGAGUACCCAUAGUACUAAAUCAUCUCCAUUUAUAGACAGUUUGUCUAACUGUGGACAGAUGUAUAUCUAAGCUCUUCGAGAUAACUUUGUAACCCUUUCAAGCUUUAAGCAAAGCAACAAUUCUUGAUCAUUGAUCUUCUGAAAUCUCUUUUUUGUGAGGCAUGGUCCACGUCAGCAGAUGCUUCUUGUGAAUAGCAAACUCUGCAUGUUUGAGUGCUUUUUAUAAGUCAAAGUAGAUCUAACCCACACCUCCAAUCUCGUUUCAUUAAGACUCUAAUUAGCUUUUGUUGAUGUCAUAAGCCUAGGGGUUCACAUACUUUUUCCAACCGACACUGUGAACGUUUGAAUGAUGUAUUCAGUAUGUACAAGAACAAUACAAUAAUUUGUGUGUUAUUAGUUAAAACAGAUUGUGUUUUUUCAUUAUGGUAACUUAGAUGAAGAUCAAACCAGAUUUUUAGACACAUUUUUACAUAAAUGCAGGUAAUUCCAAAGGGUUCACAUACUUUUUCUGACACUGUAAUCUUCCGUAACAAAAUACAACAUUAAGAGUUGAUACGUUGAUAAAAAAGUUGUUUGCCAAAUCCACACAUGGUGUUUUUCAUAUAUUAAAACGUUUUAGUAGAAUGUUGGUAUGUUGGUAAAUACUGGUGCAUAGAAAUAAAAUAAAAUAAUAUGUAAUUUGUCCUUUUUUUACUUGAUAAACGGUGUUGAAAACAUACCUUGAUUAUUUACUAAUUUUACUGUAUUGUACUUUAAACAUUCUGAAUAUACUUGGAACAGUUACUGUUUGAUUGAAAUGAUAGUUCCUCUGAUUGAGAGAAGAAAAUAACUAUUUUCUAAGCCAUUUUUUGGAACGAAUACAUAUUCAGAUAUAUAUUAAAUAUUGUGAAGAGGUUGAAAAAUAACAAGCUUCUUUAGCUAUGUCGCCCAGUUCUGCUGGUCACAGUCGUGUCAAAGCAUCGAUGGUGAAUGUGAAGAGUCAAAGCUGUCGAACAUUACCAGAUGAAUGUGCCUGAUUCAUGUUAUUAAUUGUUCUACACAUUUUCUCUUUUCUAAUCUUUAUGGAAGUUCAUGAAAGAUUGUUCUUUAAAUUUUCCUCAGGUGUUUCUGUAAAAUGAUAAGUUUGCAGUUAUUUGCACUAUUAAUUACGGUAGUGCUUAUCGUUGUUCAUUUUAACGUCUCUCAUUGUUGAAUAUUUUCAAAUACUGGUAAAUGAUCUGUGCGACUUUAUACAUUUAAAACAAGUGCACAAA